GGUCCCCAUGCUCAUUCCCCUGCACCCCCAGGCCUGGGCAAAGGUGAGUGGGCGGUAUGAGGGAUGCCCUGAGGACCCAGCCAAGUGGAAGACCAACUUCCGCUGUGCCCUGAGGAGCACCCGCAUGUUCGUGCUGCUGGAGGACCGCUCCAAGUGUGGUGAUGACCCGCACAAGGUCUUCGCCAUCAACCCAAGUGCCCUCUGGCAUGGCGAGGAGGGAGAUUUCAGCAGCCCUGACCCUGCAGAGGAUGAGCAGCCGCUGCACCAGCAACCACAGCUGGAACUCGCACCCCAGAACGUGGCCCCAGAAAUCGCUUCCCAAGGCAGCCCCAACUCCGCUCAGCACCCAGCACUGGAGGACCUGGAGGUGCUGCAGUGGGUGCUGCAGCAGUGCGACAUCUCCCGCCAUGACCUUGGCCCCCCGGCACCAUCCUGGGUACCUGCAGGGGAUGCCCCCCACCAGGACGCUCUGCUCCAGCCUCACCCAGACCCCAGCCAAAACAACUGCCUCCCCCCGUCGGCAUUUCAGCAAUGGGUGCCUGCAGCAGAGCAGUCCCCCUUGGAUGCCUACAGCCCCCCGGACCCCAUGCUGCUGGUGGAGCAAGGUGGGUGCUGUGGGGCAGGAUCCGGCCCUGGGGAUGGGAACGCCAUGACAGGGGUGGGUGGCUUCCCCAGCCCCGCCGAGCUGGCCGAUGGCAAGCAGCGGCGUUUCACCGAGGAGCUGCUGGGCAGCGCGGGGCUGCAGCUGGAGCAACGCACCUGCAAGCUCUUCGCUACCCGCUUGAAGAAGUGCAAGGUCUUCUGGGCCCUGUCCCAGCAGCUCGAGGGUGUCGGGGACCCCCCGCCCAACCUGCUCUGCCGGGACCAGGAAACUCCCAUCUUUGACUUCAAUGAGUUUUGCACAGAGCUGAGGGACUUCCGCAACGGCCAAAGGCAGCGGUCCCCUGACUUCACCAUCUACCUCUGCUUUGGGCAGUCCUUCUCCAAGGCCAAGCCCAAGGAGUCCAAGCUCAUCUUGGUCAAGCUGGUGCCCAAAUUCUGCGAGUACUGGUACGAGCAGGUGGUGCGGGAGGGAGCCUCCUCCCUCGACAGCGGCACCAUCAGCCUGCAGCUCUCCGACUCCUUCAGCCUCUUCGAGCUCAUCGAGCAGUGCAACAUGCAGCUGGACUGACCCCCA